CGAGCUCAGAAUAACGCAAGAGACUUCACACGGAGAGACACACACUCACUCAGACACACACACUCGGACCUUCUCUGCUCACUGCGGACUCCCGAUCGCGCAUUAUUUGGAUUAUAACUAUGACUCUGGAAGAGAUCCGCGGACAAGACAACGCCAUGGAAAACGCAGACAGGGUGCAAAGUGCAGGCGCAGCCCUGGAGGAGCUGCUGGUCGCUGCGAAGAAGCAGGACUACCUGACAGUUGGAGUUUAUGAAUCUGCCAAAGUCAUGAAUGUUGAUCCAGACAGCGUGGCAUUCUGCGUCCUCGCCACCGAUGAGGAGUACGAGUGCGACAUCGCCCUCCAGAUCCACUUCACCCUCAUCCAGGCGUUCUGCUUCGACAACGACAUCAACGUGGUGCGCGUCAACGACAUCGGGCGCCUGGCCGACCUCGUGGGCGCAGACGAGACCGGCGAGCCCAAGGACGCGCACUGCAUUCUUGUCACGAGCCCCAGUGCAAACCCAUGGAAAGACCCCUCUCUGGACAAGCUGAGCCUGUUCUGCGAGGAGAGCCGCAGCGUGUACGACUGGGUGCCCACCAUCACACUCCCAGAGCGCUGAAGAGACAUUCCCCUUGCAGAGCUUCACAUGCUGAUGUUGAAGAUGAUGAAAAGAAAGUCAAGGAGCUGAGCUUUCAGCCAGAGGUGUCGGGAGCCUUUCCGUCUCACACGUCUGGAUUAAGAGGCUGUGGCUGUGUUAACCCCCUACGGUGCAUUCUGGGUCGGCACGUUGGCUCUGGAUUACCCCUGAGGAAAAAGGGGGUUGAAGUUCAGAGGUCAAGUGCGGACACUGGCCAGGGGGGCUUGGACCUUGGACCAGAAAGCCUGAUGGGACACUGAGAAGGUUUCUUGUUUUUUGGACUGUGCUGCAAAGUGCAUGAAAAGAAGUUUUGACCUAGUUACUGGCCUAGAUAAGAGGCAGCAGGGAACUGAGAGGAGGAGGUCACAGGGACCAGGACUGUGCAAGAGAUGGACGCAUGAAAGUGCAGAGGCUGGGACUGAACCUCAUCAGAGAGUCAGGAGGAAGAUGUCGGUCCAGAAGACGAGGGUAUCCGAGAAUGUCUAAGUGGAUUUUUUUUUUCUUUUUUUCUUUUCCAGCGCAGCUGUCAGGAACUUCUUGGAAUAAGCAGAGACUUUGCUUGCACAUCCUGACCUAAGCUGUGUCUGCACCUGAGACACUUAUUCAUGGACUAUUAUUUUUACUUUCAAAUAUGCAGACUGAAACGAUGCAAUAUCCAUUUGAAGUGUACUCAUUUUUAAUGCUUUGUCAAUAAACAUUUGAAGUGAAACUCA